AUGGAGAAAGUCGAUGUUCUCAUUUGCGGCAGCGGGUCUGCCGGUCUUUGUGCUGCCACAUGGCUCGCUAAGUAUGGGGUGCGGUGCAAGGUACUCGAACGGCGGGGUGGUCCUAUGAAGAUGGGACAAGCUGACGGCGUGCAAUGUCGCACUGUGGAGAUCUUUGAAAGCUUUGGGAUUGGAGAAGAACUUCUUCGUGAGGCCUAUCAUGUUCUAGAGGUAAACUUCUGGGCCGACAAUGGUACAGGCACCAUCAGGCGGACAGGGCGGACGGCGGAUACCCAACCAGGUCUAUCACACCAACCUCACGUUAUUUUGAACCAGGCACGUAUCAACGGGCUCUUGAUAGAGUUAAUGCGGAAAUAUAAUGACCAACGAAUCGACUAUGGCUACAAUGUAACCGAUGUCAAACUUGAUAGCGCCUCUGUCGAGGAUCAUGAAGCCUAUCCAGUCAAAGUCACUGCGGAAAAGGAUGGAAAGACAGAAGUUUUUGCAGCCAAAUAUGCACUGGCUUGUGAUGGGGCACACAGCAUUGUCCGCAAAGCGCUCGGGUAUAAAAUGAUUGGAGACAGCAGCGAUGCCGUCUGGGGUGUCAUGGACAUAGUACCCCGAACCAAUUUCCCGGACAUUCGCAAGAAGUCAACUAUUCGCUCAAAAUCAGGGAAUGUCUUGAUUAUUCCCCGUGAAGGCGAUAGCGACAAUCUGACAAGGUUCUAUAUUGAACUUACCCCGGGAACCAACCCGAAAGAGGUGACUCCGGAGAAUUUGCAGGCACAGGCACAAAGUAUCUUCCACCCUUACAAGGUAGAGUUUGUGGAGACAGUCUGGUGGUCGGCGUAUGCGAUCGGCCAGCGUCAUGCCGAUUUCUUCCACAAGGACAACCGGGUGUUCCUCGCUGGUGACGCCUGCCACACCCACUCCCCAAAAGCUGGCCAGGGUAUGAAUGUUAGUUUACAAGAUGGCUACAACAUUGGCUGGAAGCUGGGCCACAUUUUGACUGGUCUGGCCAGUUCCUCACUUCUGGAGACUUAUGUCCUAGAACGUCAAAAGGUGGCUAUUGAUCUCAUUAAAUUUGACCGUUAUUUCUCCAAGUUGUUUUCUUCUGGGGCCUCAACCUCUCCUGCCGAAUUCCAAGAAGGCUUCAUUAAAUCUGGCAAAUACACCGCAGGUCUAACAGCCAAAUAUGAGGUCUCAUCUAUCACCUCCGCAUUGGAAUCGACUACGCUCGUCUCUAACGUGACCGUUGGUAUGCGGCUACCCAGCGCACAGGUCGUGCGAUUCUGUGACUCUAAGCCUUUACACCUCAUGAAGUCUCUCAAGUCCGAUGGCCGGUGGCGUAUCAUGGCCUUUCUUGGUGACCUGGCUGUGCCAGAAAACCAAUCAAAGCUCAGCAUGCUAGGAGAAUACUUGAGCGCGGCCGAUGGUCCCAUCCACACAUUCACUCCCAAGGAUCAACAUCUUGACAGCCUCAUCGAGACCAUUUUGAUCGGGCAUGGAAAGCGUCAGGAUGUUGAGUUGGAACAGAUUCCCGAGUGCUUUUAUCCAGUCUCUGACCUACACAAAAUUUAUUACGACGACGAGAGUUAUAAUGACGGCCAUGGCCAUGCAUACAAAUAUCUUGGCAUUGACCCGGCACAAGGUGCUCUUAUUAUUGUUCGGCCAGAUCAAUACGUGUCUGCUAUUAUUGGUCCAGGUGAUUAUCUUGAAAUCGGCAAGUUCUUUGCUGGAUUCCUAAAACGCCAAACGUAG